CGUAAUACAUUUUUGUAAUUGAAAUCCAACCUUGACGACAAGAAAGAAGUGUCGGCGAUAAGUCGUUGGCUUAUUUUAGUUGUUUUUCAAUUACAAAAGUGCAUUUUAGUUGGUUAUUUGCGGCGGGAAUAUGUUAAAUACAUGUUCAUCAAUUGGAUAAUAUAAAGUUUAACUUUCUAGUUACGAAAUACAACGAAAAUUGUUUUCUUAUUUCGGCUAAAAUCAACGUGAAUCGGGCGUCGACCGGUCCAUCCCUUCUACCCGUAACCGUCGCCUGCUGUCAGUUGUUCGCUAUCGUCAUUUUGUACGAAUCAGCGCCGUCCGCGACACGGCAAACGCGAGGCAAGAGAACAACGCCGUGUGAUAGCAAUAAGUAGGAACGUGUGUUGUGGUGUGCCGGUCUUAGUGACCGUUUAAUGUGGUAUCUAGUGUCGGUGAUCAACUGUCGUACGGGCCGCGCGGCGUGAUCAGGCGGCGCGAUGGUGGACAUGGAUAGGAACGACCCGGAGCUCCGGUACUUGUCGGUGGAUAGGAACAGCUUCAACGACCCAGCAACACAGGCAGAAUGGACGCAGAAGAGAUUAGUUUGGGUGCCCCACGAGACCCAGGGUUUCGUGGCGGCUGGGAUCAAGGGGGAGCGUGGGGAUGAAGUGGAAGUGGAGAUAGCGGAAUCAGGGAAGCGUAUCCUUGUUCCUAUAGAUGAUAUUCAGAAGAUGAAUCCCCCAAAGUUUGACAAAGUAGAGGACAUGGCCGAGCUGACCUGUUUGAAUGAAGCAUCUGUGUUGCACAACAUCAAGGACAGAUACUACUCUGGACUGAUCUAUACAUACUCCGGUCUCUUCUGCGUAGUGGUCAACCCCUACAAGAAGUUGCCCAUCUACACGGAGAAGAUUAUGGAGAGGUAUAAGGGGAUAAAGCGGCAUGAAGUACCUCCCCAUGUGUUCGCAAUCACAGACACCGCGUACCGUUCCAUGUUACAAGAUCGAGAGGACCAGUCAAUCCUUUGCACAGGAGAAUCAGGCGCUGGUAAGACAGAGAAUACGAAGAAGGUGAUACAAUACCUCGCGUACGUCGCUGCAUCAAAACCCAAGGGAUCUGGAGCGGGACCGUCGCCACAGUUGAUUAUAGGUGAACUGGAACAACAGCUGCUACAAGCUAACCCCAUAUUAGAAGCCUUCGGUAACGCCAAGACUGUUAAAAACGACAAUUCUUCUAGAUUUGGUAAAUUCAUUAGAAUAAACUUCGACGCGUCAGGUUUCAUAGCAGGCGCGAACAUCGAAACGUACUUACUCGAAAAGUCAAGAGCAAUCAGACAAGCGAAAGAUGAAAGGACAUUCCACAUAUUCUACCAGCUCCUAGCCGGCGCCACCACGCAGCAAAGAGCCGAGUACAUCCUAGAGGACCCCAAAAGUUAUCCAUUCUUAUCCAAUGCUGCUCUACCCGUCCCCGGUAUCGAUGACGCAGCCGAGUUCCAGGCCACUAUCAAGUCCAUGAACAUCAUGGGCAUGAACAACGAGGACUUCAACUCGAUAUUCAGGAUAGUCUCCGCAACCCUUCUGUUCGGGUCCAUGCAGUUCAAGCAGGAGAGGAACUCCGACCAGGCCACGUUGCCUGACAACACAGUCGCGCAGAAGAUCGCGCAUUUACUUGGUCUGUCCGUCACAGAAAUGACUAAGGCGUUCCUCAAACCUAGAAUCAAAGUGGGUCGCGAUUUCGUCACGAAAGCUCAGACCAAGGAGCAGGUGGAGUUCUCAGUGGAAGCUAUCGGCAAGGCUUGCUACGAGCGUUUGUUCAGAUGGCUCGUGAACCGAAUCAACCGCUCGCUCGACAGGACCAAGAGACAAGGAGCUUCCUUUAUCGGCAUUCUCGAUAUGGCUGGUUUUGAAAUCUUCGAGCUCAAUUCCUUUGAACAGCUCUGCAUCAACUACACUAACGAGAAGCUCCAGCAACUCUUCAACCACACUAUGUUCAUCUUAGAACAGGAAGAGUACCAGCGCGAAGGUAUUGAGUGGAAGUUCAUCGAUUUCGGUCUUGAUUUGCAACCGACCAUCGAUUUGAUCGACAAACCUAUGGGUAUAAUGGCUUUGUUGGACGAGGAGUGCUGGUUCCCCAAGGCAACUGAUAAGACUUUCGUUGAGAAGCUGGUGUCAGCUCACUCCGUCCAUCCCAAGUUCAUGAAGACUGACUUCCGUGGAGUUGCCGACUUUGCGAUUAUUCACUACGCUGGCAAAGUAGACUAUUCUGCUGAGAAAUGGUUGAUGAAGAAUAUGGAUCCCCUGAACGAGAACGUGGUAUCCCUUCUCCAAUCGUCCCAGGAUCCAUUCGUGUGCCACAUCUGGAAGGACGCAGAGAUCGUAGGCAUGGCGCAGCAGGCGAUGACAGACACGCAGUUUGGUGCGAGGACCCGCAAGGGCAUGUUCAGAACAGUCUCUCAAUUGUACAAGGAACAGCUGACCAAACUGAUGGCGACGCUAAGGAACACUAACCCGAACUUCGUAAGGUGUAUCAUUCCCAACCACGAGAAGAAGGCUGGAAAGAUCGAAGCGCCUCUAGUUCUCGACCAGUUACGUUGCAAUGGUGUGCUUGAAGGUAUCAGGAUCUGCAGACAAGGUUUCCCCAACCGUAUUCCCUUCCAGGAGUUCAGACAGCGCUAUGAGCUGCUGACUCCUAACAUCAUACCGAAAGGUUUCAUGGAUGGAAAGAAGGCUUGUGAGCAGAUGAUCGAGGCUCUAGAGUUAGAUCACAAUUUGUACCGCGUCGGUCAGUCCAAGAUCUUCUUCCGGGCUGGUGUACUGGCACAUCUUGAGGAGGAACGGGACUACAAGAUCACUGACUUGAUAGUCAACUUCCAAGCGUUCUGCCGAGGCUACCUUGCUAGGAGGAACUACCAGAAGAGACUGCAACAGCUGAACGCUAUUCGCAUUAUUCAGAGGAACUGCGCCGCCUACCUCAAGCUGCGCAACUGGCAGUGGUGGAGACUGUACAUCAAGGUCAAACCCCUUCUGGAAGUGACAAAGCAAGAAGAGAAGUUGACGCAGAAGGAGGAUGAGCUCCGUCAGAUCCGUGAGAGAUUAGAUACCCAGGUGAAGAGAUGCCAGGAGUACGAACAGAAGUACCAGCAGGCCAAUGCUGAGAAGACACAGUUGGCUGAACAGCUGCAGGCUGAGUUGGAGCUGUGCGCGGAGGCGGAGGAGUCCCGCGCGCGGGCGGCGGCGCGCAAGCAGGAGCUGGAGGAGCUGCUGCACGACCUGGAGGGACGCAUCGAGGAGGAGGAGGAACGGUGCAACGCGCUGCAGCAGGAGAAGAAGCGUCUGCAGCUCAACAUACAGGACCUGGAGGAACAGCUGGAGGAGGAGGAAGCAGCGAGACAGAAACUGCAGCUAGAGCGCGUGCAGUGCGACUCUAAGAUCAAGAAGCUCGAGGAGGACCUGGCACUCAGCGACGAUACCAACCAGAAACUCGUCAAAGAGAAGAAGAUCUUAGAGGAGCGUGCCAACGACUUAUCCCAGGCGCUGGCUGAGGAGGAAGAGAAGGCGAAGCACCUCAGCAAGCUGAAGACCAAGCAGGAGUCUGCCAUUGCAGAGCUCGAGGAGAAACUUCUUAAGGAUCACCAAAUGCGUCAAGAGACGGACCGUGCCAAGCGGAAGCUGGAGACUGAGCUGCAGGACGUGAAGGAACAACUCGCCGAGAGGAAAGCACAGCUCGAGGAGUUGCAGAUUGUACUCACAAAGCGCGAGGAAGAGCUAGCGUCCGCAAUAAGCCGCGCGGACGAGGAGAGCGCGGCGCGCGCGGCGGCGCAGAAGGCGGCGCGCGAGGCAGAGUCCGCGCUCGCCGACGCCCACGAGGACCUCGACGCGGAGCGCGCCGCCAGGACCAAGGCCGAGAAACUGCGCAGGGACCUCAACGAGGAACUCGAGGCGCUCAAGAGCGAAUUGCUUGACUCGCUCGAUACUACUGCCGCGCAGCAAGAGCUGCGCACGAAGCGCGAGCAGGAGGUGGCGGUGCUGAAGCGCAGCCUGGAGGAGGAGGCCGCGGCGCACGAGGCCAGCCUCGCAGACCAGAGGCACAAGCACUCCCAGGAACUACAGCUGCUCAACGAGCAACACGAGCAGGCCAAGAAGGCCAAGGCCGCUCUGGAGAAAGCCAAGCAAGUGUUGGAAGCCGAGAACGCGGACCUGGCGACGGAGCUGAAGAGCGCGAGCGCGGCGCGGGCCGAGGGCGAGCGUCGCCGCAAGCAGGCAGAGGCGCAACUACAGGAACUCGCCGCCAAGCUGCAGGACGUCGAGCGCGUGCGGUCGGAGCUGCAAGAGAAAUGCGUGCGUCUGCAAAGCGAGGCGGAGACGGCGGCGGCGCAGCUCGAGGCCGCCGAACUCAACGCGUCCGCCGCGCACAAACACUCCGCCACACUCGGCGCACAGCUCGCUGAGGCACAGGCCCUUUUAGAAGAGGAGACGAAACAGAAAUUGUCUCUGCAAACCAAACUGCGCAACAUCGAGCAACAACUGGAACAGGCCAGGGAUCAGCUCGAGGAGGAAGAGGAGGCCAAGAAGAACUUGGAGAAACAAGUUGCAGCGCUAACGCAGCAAGUGGCGGACGCUAAGAAGAAGGCGGAAGAAGAGGCUGAGAACGCGGCCGCGCUCGAGGAACAACGCAAGAAGCUCAGCAAGGAUGUCGAGGCUCUGCAUCGGCAGAUCGACGAACUACAGCAGGCCAACGACAAGCUCGACAAGAGUAAAAAGAAGAUCCAGGCGGAACUCGAAGACACCAAUAUUGACCUGGAAGCACAACGGGCCAAGGUCAUGGAGCUCGAGAAGAAACAGAAGAGCUUUGAUAAGGUGGUAUCGGAAGAGCGUGCGAUAGCGGAGCGCUACGCGGCGGAGCGUGACGCGGCCGAGAGGGACGCGCGGGACAAGGAGACGCGGGUACUCUCACUCACCAGGGAACUGGACACCGCUGCCGAAAAGGUCGAAGAACUAGAACGCACGAAGCGCCUCCUGCAAUCAGAACUAGAUGAGCUAGCCAACACGCAAGGCACGGCCGACAAGAACGUUCACGAGCUGGAGAAGGCCAAGCGAGCCCUGGAGUCACAAGUAGCUGAACUGAAGGCACAGAAUGAGGAGAUUGAAGACGACCUUCAGAUCACCGAGGACGCUAAACUACGUCUCGAAGUCAACAUGCAAGCCAUGCGGGCGCAGUUCGAAAGGGACCUCCAGGCCAAGGAGGAGCAGGGCGAGGAGAAGCGUCGCGGCAUAGUGAAGCAGUUGCGCGACCUGGAGGCCGAGCUGGACGACGAGCGCAAGCAGCGCGCCGCCGUGCUCGCCAUGCGGAAGAAGCUGGACGCCGACCUCAAGGACGCCGAGCAGGCCUUGCAUCUCGCCAACAAGGUGAAGGAGGACGCGGCGAAGCAGGUGAAGAAGUUGCAGCAGCAGCUGAAGGAGGCGGCGCGCGAGGCCGAGGAGGCGCGCGCCGGACGCGAGGAGGCCGCCGCCGCCGCGCGCGACGCCGAGCGACGCGGGAAGGCGCUCGAGGCCGAGGCACUCGCGCACGCCGAGGAGCUCGCCGCCGCCGACCGCGCGCGCCGACAGGCCGAGGCCGAGCGGGACGACCUGCUCGACGAACUCAACAACUCCUCCGCCAAGAGUACACUUCUUAUUGACGAGAAGAAGCGGCUGGAGGCUCGGAUAGCAGCCCUCGAGGAGGACCUGGAUGAAGAACAGUCUAACAACGAAAUUCUCAACGACAGGCUUCGGAAAUCACAGAACCAAAUCGACCAGCUUACAAUGGAGCUUGGCACGGAGAAGUCAGCCACGCAGAAGCUGGAGAGCGGCAAGUUAGUACUGGAGCGACAGAACAAGGAACUCAAGGCCAAACUCGCAGAACUAGAGACUGCCGCCAGGACAAAGACCAAGGGCGUGAUCACCUCCCUGGAGCUGAAGGUGGCUAACCUGGAGGAGCAGUUGGAGGCGGAGUCCCGCGAGCGCCUCGCGCAGCAGAAGGCGUCGCGCAAGCUGGACAAGAAGAUGAAGGAACUCGCGCUGCAACUCGACGAGGAGAGGAGGCAUGCCGACCAGUACAAGGAACAGAUCGAGAAGAUGAACGUCCGCGUGAAGGCUCUGAAGCGACAACUGGACGAGGUGGAGGAGGAGGUGCAGAGGGAGAAAGUCGGCAAGCGCAAGGCGCAGCGCGAGCUCGAGGACAUGCUCGAGACUCACGAGACCCUCACACGAGAGUGCAACAACCUGCGGAACAAGCUCAGACGGCAGGGCGGCGGCAUCGGUCUGUCGGGCGCGUCGUCGUCGUCCCGCAUGAAGCGCACGUCGCUGGCGCCGGGCGCCGGCUCGGGCGACGAGUCCUUCGACGACGUCAACGACACCACCAACAGCGUCGAAUAAUCACACACCUCUCCUUACGUCACGUCACGUCAUGUCUCGUCACGUCACGGAACGCUCGCCACUGCAAACAUCCGUCACCUGACGCGGCAGUACCUAGUGCCGCCCCGAGCGGCGCAGUACCGCGACCCACAUCGCGGUACUGCGCCGGCCGGGAGUGCCGAGCGAGGUCCGGUGACGUCACGCUACGACACGUAACACUACAUGUAACAGCACAUGUGAGGUAAUGUCUUCUUUCACUAUUUUAUUCAAGUAUUCUAAACUGUCGUCCAAAUGCACGCGUUUUCUGUACCGCAAUAAUCCAACGACCAAGUCAGUUCUAGCUCGGCGCUGGAGUGUUGUGGUAGACCCACUCAGCUAGAGGGGUCACAGGAAUAUUAUCAAUAUGGCGCACAUAUUGCUAAUAUUGUUUUAUACAUUGAACGAUGUCAAACGUGAUUAACACCAGUUUAGUGACUAUUUGACUUUAGGCUAAGUAGUUAUUUUUGAAAUUUUAUUGUUAUUUCUUUGUAACUGUUCUAUCUUUGUCGACGUACUUAAUUAUUGAAGAAUACAUUUGUUCAUAUGCUGCUCUUACAUGUAGCUCUAGUAGUACUACAAUCGUAUUUUUGUAUAUAAAUCUUGGGUGAGGGAUUAUGAUAUUGUAAACCCGUGUUCACGUUAGCCGGAGUGUGAUGUAGGACUGUACAUUAGCGUUACAAAGUUACGAUUGUAUGCGUGCGGCCCACAAGUCAAUGUAAAUCGUGUUAAUGUAUGGAUAUAGCGAACAGCUGAGAACGCAUAGGCUUUUGUAUCUAAUAUACGUUUUCUUUCAUUGUAUAAUAUUAUUAUAUAUGUACGUGAAAUUUUAAUAUCAUUAUGAAAUAUUUUGAGUACAUUUUUUCAGUUUUAGGUGUAUGAAUAUGUACGCUAAUUUAUAUGUCAAUAUAAUAGUUUUACUAAUGCAUGCAAAACGACGUAGUGGUAGCUGCGGGCAACCUAUGGCGUACAGGUUCCUACGUCUAGAACAACCACGCGGGUGCUCAAUUUACACUAAACAAAUACUGCAUUUAAACAGUCGAAUCUCUCAACACAAUAGCAAUUGGUGAUAUACCCAUCCCAGUAUUAAACUAUACAUUCCUAACAAUCGAGAUUUUCACUUUGCCCAGACCAAGUCGGACGGGUAGAUUGUUAAAUUACUCAUUGGGUGAUAUUUGUAAUGAAAUUUUUAAAGUAUUAUUAAAAUGUGGCAAAAUAUUACUUAUUCUGAUUGCAUUUAAACGCGACUGAGUAACCAAGACUGUUGUUGCGAUAUCUGACUCCCCUCCAUUACCCAACGUACCGUUUGCGAGAUUUACCGCGUCACCGCCGAGCGCAGUCCGCCGGGCGAGCUCGGUGCUCGACACCUACAAUGUAAAUAUAUCAGUGCGAGUCACUGAGCGCUUAGUUGCCAUACAAAUUUUAAUGAUAGUUAUAAGUAAACAUGUGAGCUUUUCAUGUGAUGGGGUGUGACGCCGCGCUCGACAUAAACUCACUUAACCAUACAUAGUCGGCUCAGGUUUUUGGAAAUAUCAUUGAGCACAAAGUAUAAUAAUUUUGAAUGAAGCUAAAUAAAAGUAUUUGUGCAAGCAGCCUUGCUCAAAGCUCUGAGCUGCGUCGGUCGCAUGCGAUGGGCGGGCGAUGGCGCGUCACACCUCGUGUAAGUGUUACAAUAAAGUGUCGUACCAUCCCGUAGCAUGUUGAAUGUAAAUACACCGAGCAGGUGGUGUCAUGUAAAUUUGUUUACAUAAAUACAAAACGGUAUUAUUUGUGUCUGCAGGCGAGGGUUUGCGCUAGAACGGCUUGCUCUUAUACACUUAGGUAAGACUCGUAGUAAUAAAUUGUGGCCUUAAGUUUUGUUUAUUGUCGACUUAAUACGUAAAAUGGAUUGGAAUCGUCUCUUGUAACAGAGGCCUAACUUGUAUCGUGCGAGCAUUUUUUUAUCAUUAUUUACCAGAGUCUUCAUGACCACUUUUUUAUUCAUUAUUAUAGUUUCCCGAAUAAUAAUAUUAAAUUUAAAUGUAAGUAAACAUUGAAGCAUAAACUUAUUUUACAUAAAUAUUAUAUUUAAUUAUUAACAAUAUUGAUAUAAUUGUAAAAUUGGCCAUAGGUUGUAACAAGUUAUCAGUUGGCAUGCCAAUUAAACAAUUUUUCAUGAUUUUUA